AAUAUUAUUAAAUUAAUAAAAAUGACACGAGUUACAUUUUUACAUCCAGAUCUUGGUAUUGGAGGAGCAGAAAGAUUGGUAGUUGAUGCAGCAUUAGCUUUAAAAAAACAGGGUUACGAGGUUAACUUCGUGACAACUCAUCAUGAUCCAGAGCAUUGUUUCUCUGAGACAAAAGAUGGAACAAUUCCUGUUACAGUUGUGGGAAACUGGUUACCAAGGCAUAUCUUGGGUAGAUUCUUCGCACUUUUCGCUUAUAUUCGUAUGAUAUAUGCAGCUAGCUAUAUCAUUUUCUGUGAACAUCGACCAGAGAUUGUAUUUUGUGAUUUGGUUUCUGCAUGUAUUCCUAUCCUUAGAUGGCGAAUUCCACAUGUAAUUUUUUAUUGUCAUCAUCCAGAUCAGUUGCUUUCACAACCAGAAGGAAUUUGCAAACAAUUAUAUCGUGUGCCUCUUAAUUAUUUAGAAGAAAUAACAACUGGAAUGGCACAUAAAAUAUUUGUAAAUAGCAUAUAUACACAGACUGUGUUUAAGGACACUUUUAAGAGAUUACAUAUUGAACCUGAAGUUCUCUAUCCUUCUAUCAAUACAGACUUUUUUGAUAAAACUCGAAUAAUGUCUUUGGAAAGAGUACUUGAUAAAAAAUUAUCACCAGAUAGUAUUGUAUUAUUAUCAAUUAAUAGAUAUGAACGUAAAAAAAAUUUGGGUUUAGCAGUAGAAUCAUUGGCAGAACUUAAAAAAUACUUAACAGAAGAAGAAUACAAAAAAGUAUAUUUAAUUAUAGCUGGAGGAUAUGACAAGAGGGUUGAAGAAAAUGUAGAACAUUAUUUGGAAUUAAUAGGCCUUGCUGAUGAAUUACAUGUUACAGAUAAAAUAAUAUUUCUCCGUUCCCCUUCAGACAUUGAUAAAGUAUCAAUUCUACAUCAUUCUAAAAUUAUAUUGUAUACGCCCCCAAAUGAACAUUUUGGUAUUGUACCUCUUGAAGCAAUGUACAUGGGUAAACCAGUAAUUGCACAUAAUUCUGGUGGUCCAAAAGAAUCUGUAAUUUCUGAAGUUACCGGAUUUUUAGUUGAUUUAUGUGGUGAUGCAUUUGCUUCGAAAAUAGCUUAUUUGAUUAAAAAUCCUACAUAUAUGCAGGAAUUUGGUAAUGCAGGCAAAGAUAGAUUUAUGGAAACCUUUAGUUUUGCUGCAUUUAGUGCUCAACUAAACAAAACAGUUGAAAAUUUAAUUAGCAACAAAAAAUUAAAAUAA